AUGCGACCUCCGCCUAGCCUACCCGAUAAAGCCGCGGCGCUCACGCACCACGCAGGGCCACCCUCGGCCAGCGUGCCGACCGAGCCACCGCCAGGCAGCACCACGGCCAAGGACGCCAUCAGGACGCGGCUGGCCCACUCCGGGACUAUCCCACCGCCAGCGCCGAUCCCGCCACCGCCCGCUCCCGCUGCUGCAACCCAGACCUCGAGCAGCAACACAACCGAGGACGCCGUCGACCUGCUGUUUGCCCGCUUGGGAGCCGCUCCAGCUCCAACGCCGGUCCAACCCCCACCGGCUCCCGUCACCGCCGCCUCGGGGCCACCGACCGCUCCCCGGCUCAACUUUCUACCCCGUCCAACGACCAGCCGGCCGCCCACACCACAUCGACGCCCACGCACAGCCUCCCCGAGCGGCUCCGCCACCACGCUACCACCGACCAAGAGAGGGCGGUCCGUUCUCCCGACCGUCGUACGUGCCCUUCCGGCCCGGGAAAAUCGGGGCAUCCAGACCAGCCCCCCACCGAGCCGACCGGUCAUCAGGACGAUGACCACUCAGACCUCCCCGCUACUUGGGCUCACCGAGGAACAAGGCACCCAGGCAGACGCUCCGCCAGGACGGCCGGCGGCCAGAGAACCGUGGCCACGCAAACUCAGGGGCUACCUCGGUGCACCUUCGUAG